UUCAUCUCCAGUCCAGGCUUUCUACCUCCCCUGUCUCAACUCUCGAAACUCUCGUCCUCCUCGCACGACCACCACUCAGACCUCCACGCACGACCGCCACUCCGACCACCACGAGCGACGCUCCGGCCUCCAGGCUACCCGACCGACGACCGAGGUAAUUUGAUGAAUGGACUUUUGAAGGAGAGCGGUUUUGGAGUCGGAUGAGUUGGUUGAUGCUUGUUUUGUUUGCUGCGUUGUUGAUUUUGGUGUUGGAUUGGAUGAGAUGGUGGCUGUGGCCAGAUGUCUUCACUCGCCAAUUACGGAGGCCCUAAAGUUGAAAGUGAAAAUGGGAAAGCGAUGCCUACGACUAUCUCAACUCCUCUGUCUGCUAGUGGAGCGUCUCUGAUUCUAAUUCCUAGCCUGACCCAAAACUAGCUCAUUAUUCGCAAUUAGUCACGACUGCUUCAAGAGUAUAAGCUGUUGCUGUUGAGUGAUAAUUGGAAAGUAGAGCUAUGCAGAACGGCAGUUCUCAAACACCUCGGGUUUGGCAUCGUCGGCGUUCCAAUGAGGUUGUUCAAGAAGCUAGUAAAGCAAAUGAAACCCAUUUGCUUGUUAAUGAUCAAAGUAAGUACCAGUCGAUGUUGGUCCGGGCUUACUCAUCUGUUUGGAUGAUUGGGGGAUUUGUGUCAAUUAUUGACAUGGAUCACCUUUACAUCACUGCCAUGAUUGUUGUUAUACAAAUUUUUAUGGCAAGAGAACUCUUCAAUCUACUGAGGAGAGCCCAUGAAGACAGACUUCUCCCAGGAUUUAGGAUGUUGAACUGGCACUUUUUCUUCACGGCGAUGCUAUUUGUGUAUGGACGCAUUCUCAGUCAACGACUUGUCAACACUGUGACAUCGGAUAAGGUUUUAUAUCAGCUUGUCAGCAAACUUAUCAAGUAUCAUAUGAUUGCCUGUUAUUCCUUGUACAUUGCAGGCUUUGUGUGGUUCAUCCUUACUUUAAAAAAGGGGAUGUACAAGUAUCAAUUUGGCCAGUAUGCUUGGACACACAUGAUUCUCAUUGUGGUGUUUACUCAGUCAGCUUUAAUUGUUGCCAACAUCUUUGAGGGAAUAUUCUGGUUUCUUCUUCCUGCAACGCUUAUUAUAAUCAAUGAUAUUGCCGCAUAUUUCUUUGGCUUUUUUUUUGGAAGAACCCCAUUGAUCAAGUUGUCUCCAAAGAAAACUUGGGAGGGAUUUAUAGGAGCAUCUUUUACUACUAUGAUCUCUGCGUUUGUGCUUGCAAAUAUUAUGGGCCGUUUCCAGUGGCUGACAUGUCCAAGGAAGGAUUUAUCUACCAGUUGGCUUCAGUGUGAUCCUGGUCCAUUAUUCAGGCCAGAGUAUUACACUAUACCCAAAUGGUUUCCUGAAUGGUUUCCUUGGAAAGAGAUGGCAGUAAUGCCAGUUCAAUGGCAUGCUCUCUGUCUUGGUCUAUUUGCAUCAAUUAUAGCACCUUUUGGAGGAUUCUUCGCAAGUGGUUUUAAACGUUCUUUUAAGAUUAAGGAUUUUGGUGACAGUAUUCCAGGACAUGGUGGUAUAACAGAUAGAAUGGAUUGUCAGAUGGUGAUGGCUGUGUUUGCAUAUAUCUACCAUCAAUCAUUUGUAGUGGGCCAGAACUUGAUGGUCGAAACGAUCUUGGAGCAGAUCCUAAUGGACCUUACUCUCGAGGAGCAGCAAGCCCUGUUCAUAAAGCUUGGGCAAAUUCUCAACGAGAGGAUGACCGCACCAUCAUAAGUGUGCAUUACAGCAGUAUGCAACCAACUUUUCUUUGUCAACUCAUUGUCAUCCAUUGGCUUUGAGCAUAUCAUGCCCGCAGGAGCUCAGUGACAAAAGGACUCUACAUGUGCUGUUGUUUCUGUCUGUUUUUUGCAGCAUUCGCGACUGCAAGGGAGGCUAUUUGUUGGAUGAAUGUUUUGUACAGCGUACACAAACCAAUCAUGCAGGUGAAGUCUCAAUCGGUCAUAUUGGUCUGUGAUA